AUUUUUAGCGUCGUGUGGGGUGCACAAGCAGGCCGAGGGACGCAGGGUUCACAGAAAGUGUCCCUGCAAAAUGACCUGGAUUCCAGCGCCAACAGCUUAUAACGGGAAACUCUACGACACCCUCUUGUGUCGCAAAGACAGCCGCCGACAGAUCUAGGGUGUACUGAUCGUUUCGUCAUACCUCACGAGAAGCUACAAUGAAAGAAAUCCAAAUACUUCUGAUUUGCCUUGUCUCCAUGGCGACAGCGGCGGAAGAAGGUGGGUGCGUCUCGACAUCGCUUUCCAUCGACGAGAAGCUGAGAAUCAAUGCGGCAGCAAACGACCACGACAACAAUCAGAUCGUAGACGCAAGCGACGUCGCCUACGACUUGAGCCACAACUACGACACGAAUGGUGAUGGUGCGGUCACAGAAGAUGAAUCUAUCACCAGGUGGACCUGCGCCUUCGGAGAUACCGUGUAUUUUGCUCGCUUCGUUUUCAACUUGCUCAGCAGAGGGCAGGCCGAAAUAAGACCUGAGCAAUUUAAUGUACCUCCACUAGACACCGGCAUACCUUUAAGUAGAUUUAUUGAGCUAAAUCGUCAGCGGUACGAGCUGUUCAGUAAUGACAGCUGCGUCAACACAGAUUUAACCCUCGACCAGAAACUCGACAUCAACGCCCAGCAAAACGACCACAACAACGACGGCCUGGUCACCUCUGAUGACAUCGCCUACGACUUGAACAACCGAUACGAUGCCAACAAGGACGGGAAGGUGACGCAGGCCGAGUGGGUGCUCCACUGGUCGUGUGCUUACGGUGACACGGCGGCGUACGCUCGCUACACGUGGCAGCAAAUCGGUCGCGGGGCGGAGUACAUCCAGUCCAGUCAGUUCUCCGGACCUCCAUUCGAUACAGGAAUUCCAAUCGCUGCUUUUAGAGCAUCAAAUAGACAGAGAUACGAGACCUACGGCCGCGCAAGUGAAUCCAGUUGGAAAAUAACAAUUAUCUGUCGUGUGUACUCACCACCUCUUUGUAAAUUAAUUUACACAAAAAUAAAUAUUUCGUAUACGAACACUAAGCUGAAGUUAUGGUGCUAUUUUUUAAACUUUAGGAACAUUCGAAAUUUCACAAAUUUGUACAUUCAACAAAAAGCUGUAAAAAAAAAAAACCCAACACAUACAGUGAUGACUGCUAAAAAAGCUGCACAUACACCACGACGACUGACAACAUUAGCGUGAAUAUUUAGUAAUGUC